CCGGCAGAGGUGCGGUUGGCGGCGGCGGCACGCGCGGAGCUCGGAGCGCUCUUUCAGGGGGGCUGCCUCCGCACCCCAGGACUCUGGCAGAGCCGACCUCGGCAUACGCACUCAUGAGGGAGAGCGGGGACAUGGACUGCUACCUGCGUCGCCUCAAACAGGAGCUGGUGUCCAUGAAGGAGGUGGGCGACGGUCUGCAGGACCAGAUGAACUGCAUGAUGGGGGCGCUGCAGGAACUGAAGCUUCUCCAGCUGCAGGCGGCUCUGGAACAGCUGGAGAUCUCUGGAGGGGGCCCUGGCGCAGGCUCUCCUGAAAGGUCCCGGACACAGUCCGAGCCCCCUCGGCGGCGCCAGGGUCCCCGAGGACCUACCAGGCCUGCAGCCUGUGUCCCUUCCAGUGAUUCUUCUGAGGACAACGGCCCCGAGUUCCCGCCCUGCAGGACUGACUGUGGGAGCGAUCAGGACCUGCUGCCCGAGCCCCGUGAGUGGACACCACCAGGCCCAGAGCUGGACAAGGCGCACGACUGGCCAUCCACGCUGAUGUCCCGUGGCCGGAACCGCCAGCCUCUGGUGUUAGGGGACAACGCUUUUGCCGACUUGGUGGGCAACUGGCUGGACUUGCCGGAAAUGGAGAAGGGUGGCGAGCAGGGAGAGACUGGGCAGGAGGGCCAGCCCAGAGCACCGAGGGGCCCGUCCUGGGAACUGGGCCGCCGCUUUGCUCUCACCGCAAACAUCUUCCGCAAGUUCCUGCGCAGUGUGCGGCCCGACCGGGACCGGCUGCUGAAGGAGAAGCCUGGCUGGGCGACCCCCACGGCCCCCAAACCCCAUCCCGGCCGCGCUCACAAGGCUGGGAAGUGGAGCCGCACCAAGGGCUGCGGACAGUUCCCGUUCCUCAGCCACGCAGGGUCCAGACGAGGGGAGACGCACCCCAGCAGCUGCCCCCAGGCCCUGCGGCCCUCACCCUCGGGCUUUGAUAUCAACACUGCAGUUUGGGUCUGAAUCCCAAAGACUCAACACUGACUCAUCUCCCCACCCGCCCCCGCAAAACCCCAUACUGGACCCCAGGGGAGGGCAGGUGAUAUGGCUUUUGAAAGCCAAACUCUGUUCCUUUCUUUUAGAAAGGAGGGAGAAGCAAUAGGGGUGUAUAGAGCACUGGGACAGUGCUCUGUGAGGGGAGAGAGAGACAGAGAGAGAGAGAGAGAGAGAGAGAGAGAGAGAGAGAGAGAGAGAGAGAGCGCAUGCAUACUGAGUGUGCACUGCUAUGGAGAGGAAUGGGGGAGAGACCAGGAGACACCCUAAUGUUCUUGCACUAUCCCCUAAGACCUCAGAUGAACCUUCUGUACAAUCUGGAGGCACCAGACCUUGGGCCCCCAAUAAAGAGCUUGUCUCCAGUG